GGAUUUUAUUGGACAGUUGUACCAAUGCGCGGCUGUUCGCAUACUGGCUUCCCUAUGUAAAUUAAUCCUUCUAUUUGUUAAAUAUGUCUGCUUCUGCUGGAAACUUGGCAUUGGUUUGGGAUGACCUAAAAAGUGGUUUCGACGCUAUAUUUAGACUUGAGACAAUCAAGAGAAAAAGAUACAUGGAGCUUCAUACUCAUGUUUACAAUUACUGUACAUCAGUCGACCCGAAAUCUCAUGCAACCCCCAGUAGGAAUGCUAUAGAAACUGAACCUGGGGGGAAAUUAGUAGGAUUUGAACUGUACAAAAAGUUGCGUAACUAUUUAAAAGCACAUGUUCACUCACUGAAGCUAAAAGGAAAUAAUCUAGUUGAUGAAGAAACCCUUUCAUAUUUCGAGAAGGCUUGGACAGAAUUCCGUUUUGCAUCAAGAGUUCUGGAUGGUGUUUGUAAUUAUUUGAAUAGACAUUGGGUUAAACGGGAAUGUGAAGAGGGACGGAAGAAUGUUUAUGUCGUUUAUACACUUGCACUGAUAACAUGGCGCGAACAUUUACUAAAACCUCACGCUAGGGUUUUAAUUAGCGCAAUUCUUCGUGAGAUCGAACGUGAACGACGUGGAGAAAUUUUAUCUACCUUACGACUAAGAAAGAUUAUUGAGUGCCUGGUUGAGUUGGGUAUUACGUCUGAUCAACAGUCUUUCUCAACAUCUACGUUAACUGGAACUGCUUCAUCACCUAGCGAACCAUUGCCAUAUCUAAUGAAACCUUUUAAAUCCCCUAAUUUUCCCCCUAAACCUAGUGGUUCUACUUUAAAACCAAAUAAGUCUGAAGUGGAAUCCAGCUUCCAAGGCACAUCAAAUAAAACCACCCCAAAUUUCCGAGGUCCACUUCAUUCCGGAGAUCCAGCGGAUGAAUCUACUCCCAAUACUCCUAGUGCGACAUCAUCAUUGACAUCGGACACACGAACCAAUCUAUCAGUUUAUCAGGAAUACUUUGAACGACCAUUUUUGACUGAGACUGAACGGUAUUACCGAUUAGAAAGUGCUCAAUUUUUGCAGUCAAACACAGUACCUGAAUACCUUCAAAAAGUGGAAACACGAUUAAAUGAAGAACGUAUUCGUGUUCAAACUUAUCUACAUAUAAGUACACUUCCCAAAUUAAUUAGAUCUUGUGAACAUUAUCUAAUUGGUGAACAUAUUGAUCGGUUAACAUCUGUCUUCUCGGAUCUUUUCAAUGAAGAUAGAGAGGAAGAUAUAUGGCGAAUGUAUCGCUUAGUUGGUCAUUUUCCUAGUGGAAUACGUGUUCUUGUCUCUGUUAUGGAAGAUCAUGUUGCUGAUAAAGGAUGGGAAGCUAUCCGUCAAGUGGCUGAAGCUGCUUUAAAUGAUCCCAAAUUGUAUAUUGAUACAAUAUUAAAAGUUCAUCAAAAACAUUAUAAUCUUGUAUUAUCCGCUUUCGCUUGGGAUCCUGCAUUUUCACGUGCCUUAGAUAAAGGUUGCGAACGUUUUAUAAAUCGUAAUGCUGUCACUGAAUUAGCUGGAAAUCAAAGAAAAUCCCCUGAACUUUUAGCUAAAUAUGCAGAUUUCUUAUUAAAGAAAAGUGCGAAAGAUAUUCAGUUGGAUGAUUUAGAAGAAACACUUGGACAAGUAAUGAAUGUAUUCCGCUAUAUUGAAGAUAAAGAUGUCUUUCAAAAAUUCUAUAGUAAAACAUUGGCUCGCCGUUUAGUUUACAAUCAAUCUGUAUCCGAGGAUGCUGAAGCUUCUAUGAUUUCUAAAUUAAAAGAAGCUUGCGGUUUUGAAUACACUGCGAAAUUACAACGGAUGUUUCAAGAUGUUAAUGCUACUAGAGAAUUGAAUGCGAAAUUUUCAGAUUAUUUACAAAAACAAGAAGAAGCCAAUGGAAGUACAAUUAAAGGAACCGAUUUUAAUAUCAUGAUUCUUAGUUCAAAUGCAUGGCCAUUUCAAGCUCAAGGGCCUUUUUCUAUUCCUCCUGAAUUGGAACAAUGUCACAAUACAUUUCUUGCUUUCUAUCAAGAACAUCAUACUGGUCGUAAAUUGACAUGGUGUUAUCAUUUAUCACGUGGUGAAGUUGUGACUAACUAUACUAAGACUAGAUAUAUAUUUCAAGUUUCAACGUACCAGAUGUCUGUUUUAAUGUUGUAUAAUUCAUCAUUAGUGUACACAGUGUCAGCUAUUCAACUACAAACUGGUAUUGAAGAAGCCACAUUAUUACAAAUUCUACAAAUUUUACUUAAAGCUAAAGUAUUGAAAAUUGUAUCCGAUCCAAAAUGUGAAAUAGAUCAAUCAACAGUAAUCAGUGAUGAUUCAAAUGAAACACAUUUAUCACCGGAUACCCAUUUGGCGCUGUAUACAGAUUAUAAAAAUAAACGCGUUCGAGUUUAUUUAAAUGUUCCUUUGAAAAGUGAAACGAAACAAGAAAUUGAACAGACUUUAGGGAAUGUAGAAUCUGAUCGAAAAUUAAUUGUUCAGGCUUGUAUAGUACGUAUUAUGAAGACUAGAAAAGUAAUGAAACACCAUCAAUUAAUCUCUGAAGUGGUUACCCAAUUAACACCUCGAUUUAAACCCACUGUAUUAUUAAUUAAACGAUGUAUUACCGCUCUCAUUGAAAGAGAAUAUAUUAAACGAGAUAACAAUGAACGAGAUGCUUAUGAAUAUUUGGCUUAAUUUUCCCUACUUGUAUGUUGCUGCUCGUGUGUGUAUGUGUUUGCAUUCUGUGGGCUUUCUAAUAAACCAGUUUUAUUUUCGUUCAUAAUUUGCAACGAUUGUUUCAUUCUAAUUUGUUACUUUUUCUCUUUACAACAAAUCCAUACUGGAAUUGUUUGUAUUUUAUAGCAUUCUGCACAUUGAAAAUAUCUCAGAUGUUCUUUUUUUUUAUUCAUUCUUACUGAUAACUAACUAACUUGUUUCAGUUUCCCUGUCCUAUUUUUCGAUUGUUCGCCUGAUAAGACGAACAUAUUUCGUCACAUUAUUAUAGUAAUAUUUCGGUAUGGUUACGCUUCUGAAAUCGAUGCGUUUCGCCAGCGUUCCAUACAUAUCUAAAGGAUCGAAAAAUGAUGCACUGUUUUAUGUAAACAUUCACGUUAUCAUAUUUUUGCUAUUCUAGUUGCUUCCAGUUCCUCUUCACUCUUUCAUAUUGUACCUUUGUUUUUGUUUCAUUAUACAUAUGUUUCAACAUCCCCCUACCAUCCAUAAAGUUAUGAUAUGAUUUGAAAGCAAAGGUGGGCAAAACACAUUUCUGCCAUCCGAUUGUCUAAACUUAUUCGAGACGAUUCGGUAAGAAUACUUCACUCCGUUAAAUGCACCACCCGAACCAAUUAAUGAUAUUACUGAUGUAUUUAACAAUUUUCAUUAUUGUAUGCCUAAGAAUGACAGUGACAUAGGUACUUCCAAUGUUGUUUUCUCGUAACAUAUUUGGGCUCAAUAAAUCUAUACAUAAAUACAACGAAAAGAAAUCCAAGAGUAUAGUGGUCUAAUCAUGGAAGAAUGUGCUUAUGUAGAAGACCUGAUGUGGUUUUGAAAUCAGAAAACGUCAAUUUCUUUGAACACUAAAAUCCACGGUUCUUUUGAAGUAACUCUGCAUUUAUGUUCAAUUACUUUAUCAUUCCUCAUGUACAAUGUGUUCACUGCAUUCAUGGAUGCCAACCGAAAAUUAUUUUUGUGAACGUUUGUUUUGCAUUCUGGAUUUGAAUUGAGUGAUAUAUUGCUUCAUCAUGGAUUGUUGAUUGCUGUCAACCGUCUCUAUAAACUUUUGAUCAGUAGAAAGCUUACAAAUUAUGAACGUUCAAAUCAACACUAGAAUCCCCUCUAAUAUUGAUCGUUUGUCUUAUAAAUACAUCCCUGUAUAUUCCAUUCGAUCUCAAUGAAUGACAGUAACGGAAAGAAUAGCUAUCAUCAGGAUUUAAACAAUAAUGAAACAUGUUACCUAAAUACUCAUUGAUUGCUAUGAGUGGAUUGUACGACAUAUUUUACCUUAGAAAUUGAGAUCGAAAUUCUAACUGUAGUUUACAUUCAUAUGUUGCCUUAUAUCAUAUCUGUCAAGACAUAGUGAGGAAUAUCUCUGUUAUUGCUUAAAUCUGGUUAUUUUAUAUGACCCAUGUUCAACCAAUGGACAUAUUUAGCUAUUCAGCCAGCGGUUAGAGAGUUUGUCUUGUUAACAUAAUAGACCUUUACACCUUAAAUGUGUUAUGAAACAGAGAUCAACCAAUCAUCGUUAGAUAAUUCACAUCAAUAACGGUUAAACCAACUUAAAAUUUCGUUUUUAAUUGGAAAGGCUUUUGUAUUACCGUUACUUGUAAACCAUUCUAACCUAUUCAGUAGGACAGGUUCACAUUUUUAAAUUUCCUAUUGGGAAUGCAACUAGAAAUACCUAGAUGAACAGUGACUAGGUAUUGAACCCGGGACGCUUGUCUCGUCCUAUUUGGGACCCUUCUCCAUAUUCGCAACUGAAACCGCGUCGUCUCGCUAGUUUUAAACUUUUUGGAAAUUAGUCCAUUUCUAUAUGUUUGGAAGAAUGUUGCACGUUGGUAUGAAAUCAUCUACUAUACCAUUUACUGAAGCAUCGAUUCACACGUUGCUGAAACUUGCACCACUGUGGGGAUGGCUCUUAGUUUUAUUGUACAGUUUCAGCAGACCAUUUCUGAUGUUUGUGGGAUGGCAAUAAAGUCAAUGCUUUCUGUGUUUACUGUUUCUAAGUUCUCCGAUUGUCUAGUAGGUUCCAAGCCUUUCUAGGACAAGUCCUUGUUACGUGUUUAUAGGAAACGACUUUUAGCCUUAGAUAUCGUGAAUUCUUCCAGCCUAUUAUUUGUCAGUCUAGAAAUUAAUGUAACAAUAGUUUAUUAGCACACAAUGCUUUUAUAUUUAUUUUUACUUAAAUCGCCUUACCUACAAAUAUUUCAAACCUGCAUCCCUUUAUUGAACUGUCUGCCAGAAACUAUCUAUUCUUCCGAACGCUGAGAUACUUAUCACCUGAUUAGAAUUCCAAUCGUCUACUUCAUUGUUACAUAUUAAGUUUUGGUAUAACCCUCUGUGCAGAAACUCAACGGUUGGAUUUGCUUGUAAUAAAAUACUUAUAAAGACAAUGCGUUCUGGCGGUGUGUACAACAGCGUAAAGUAAAACACUAUAAAUUCAUACCAUGAAUUUUAAAUGGUUAUCAUUAAAGAAGGAUCGUGUGUGGUCAGCAAUAAUAUUGUUCAAUUCUGCUUACGAUCUAGAAUGAAACGACUAAUGAAUCAUAUGGACGCUGCCCAACGUUGCGAAAGACCUUUUUAACUCAUGUUACAAACAUUUGGUUGGUUUUGCUUUCAACUUGGAAAUCACUCCAUAUGUAAAACAGGAAUCUUACUUGAAGGUAAAUUGGCACUAUGAACUACGGAUAAUGACUUGUAUAUCUAGGAUAUAUAUUUUGGGUUGGAUCCAUCAAAAUUUGUUUCAUCGAUCCUGUAAAGUGUCUAUAUAUUGGACUAUAACAUGCUUUUGUAACUGGAUAUUUCGUAUAGAAACCCUUUUGAAUUUGUUUUCGUAAUAUGGUUCUGCUUGUAAACUGCUUUUUGUCAUGUAAUUUAUUGGCAGUUGAGAACUGAUUGGAAAUGCUUUAUUUUAUCAUUUAGAGUGGUUUCCUAACAAUUUUUCACAGAUGUAUUAGCACCUUGACCAAUAAAAUAAAUGGAAAUGGUAGCAAAAACUAAAUAAAAAAUAUGUUUCUUCUGAU